UGUCUUUAAAAAUUGUUUUCAGCGAUGGAGUCGCUACCAUUAGCUUUGCAGCGCGAGAUCUGCUCGUUUGCGGCAGCGCCCGAGCUCAUUCCUCAUGAAAUAGACGCGUCCGACAUCAGCCACAGUGCUCCGAACUUCGCGACGAAGUUAACUGAGCCGUCCACUUUCAACCUGCAGCGAUUGGCGCGCGUCUGUCGAGCAUGGAGGGAUGUCGUCGCGGAAUUCUGCGCAGAACACGAGAACACAACUGUGUUGACGCUACAGUUCACUACAGGCCACGAGCGAGAGCAGGAGAAGCAGAUAAUUACGCAGUUAUCCACUUGUAACGUGGGUGAGAAGUUACUGGAUCUGAGAAUCAUAAUUACACCGGAGAAGAGAGCUCUGUGGUGGGACUUGGAUGCUCAGACACCGACCGAUCAAGAGGAAACAGCAGCUUCCGACCUCCAGCAAUGGAUAGAGUGGAGAAAUAUACUGAAACUAUGUCCCAAUCUCCGUAGAUUGGACUUAACGGGGGUCCCGCUGCACCACUUGGCAAUGGGAGAUCUGCUAGACGCAGCGUCGACCUGUUGCAAACACUUGGAAGCGUUGAUUCUACCCAAAAAAGAGAAACUGCAUGCAGACGCAGUGGCAGACAACUUAGAUUUUGUGUUUUGGAGACUUUAUACUGCGUUAGAGAGGUGGAACGAGGUUUCUGGGGGAUUGAGACAGUUGACGGUGCCUUCAAGAAGCGAAUUCGAUCGAGAAGGAACGUCCAAUGAGUUCUUGAUGAAGGUGCAGAGCAUGUGUCCUGGAUUGGAGUACUUGGAUGGCUGGAAACGCUCGUACAGUGAAGGAACGAGGUUGGUGGCGUCAGAUGAGAGCUUGUGUGUGUCUCGCGAUGUCUGGAAAAUAUUCUGCAAGUCUUGCGUUGCACUGCGAGAGUUUAGCUGGGUUGUUGUGCCUUUCUCGGACGAAUUCUUUCUGCCAUUUGGUCAGACGACGAAGCCAUUCCUUACACGUCUACAGUUGACGUACAACACACGGGCACCGUUCCGUAUUCGACGGAAUGAGUAUUCAACUGGAGGCUUAAACGUGCUCGUGGCUGGUUGUCCGGCGCUCGAACAUUUGGACGUCGUGCUUCAUCGACUUCAGCCGUGCGAUGCACUGAUUUACCCACAAAUCGACGAAAUGAUCGACCCAGACGUGUUUAACGAUGAGUUCUUCUUAGCGUUGACUGCCAAUUGCCCUCAACUUCGCUCGUUGCGCAUUCGCGAGUUAGGAUCUCUGUCAAACAGUCGGAAGGGGAGUAUUACGGCAGUCAACAGCAUUACAGACCGAGGGCUUGCAGCCUUAUGGCGUGCUCCAUGUCUCACAUACGUUGAUAUCCAGGACGUACGAUGUUCCGCCGAUGCUAUAUUGGAAUGCUUGAGCACUGAUACGAGCUUUAUCCAGCGUCCACGUACUCGCAGUAUCAUAUUCCGAGAACUUGGCGUAUGUUUUGGCGACGUGGUACAGCAUGUGCUCGAGGAUCUCGGCAAAGUAACAAACCAAGACUUUGCUGGCUCACUAACAGGAUCGCCGCUGGUCAUAUCGCUGUCUAGCCGACGAGGUUACGUGUUUGAGCGAUCGUGGCUCGUCGAAAUGCAGCGUGCUUUCCAGUCCAAAUUCCCGAAGGGAGAGCUGCGCUUUGCUGUCUUCAGUGUGAAGAAAGACAAGGACACUGGUCUUCGCUCCAAUAACAGCCGCAGUGUUGAGCAAGAGGUUGUAGCUAAAAUUUUGGCUCGAGCGUGGAUUAAGGGCGACGUAUUGCGCGUUGGACGGCUCGUACUGUACACGCACGAAUCCGCUCUUGACAGCUAUGUACGUAAAACUCUUCAGAGUAAAACAAACCACAGCAGCUCGUGGAUCGUAAGUGAGUAGGCAUGGCUUCAUGUAAAAUUUUAUCGAGUGCUUUGAUGCUACUGUAUUCAAUAAAAGUCGUGCUUGUUGAGUCGCUCC